AUGCGAUUCCUGGUGUUUAGCCUCGUCUUGGUCUCCUAUCUAUCAGUGGUCGGAGCUAGCGGGUACCACUACGAGUUCCAAGUUGAAACGAAGCAUCACUGCCUUGAUGACGUUCAUGAUUCUUUCGGUGAACCCCUCCCUUGCCAGAAGUCUGUAGAGAUGGAGACCCUAGGGCUCACACUGCCCGGCAUGGAAGAUGGGGUGCUCACAACAAGAAGCCAUAUAAUCGCGGGCGCUGAUUACGAGAUCUCAGUGGACUCUCAUCCUAGUCACCCGUACCAAUACUUUAUGCAUAUCAGGACAGCGGAGUCCUACCGUGUGGAACACCUCAUCAACGGCCAGAGCGUUCUGGUUGGUGAGGUGCCGUCGCACCCGCAGGUUACUCCCGCGAUCCGGUCAGUCGCUGAUCUCGAGCAGGAUGGUUGGGCGUUCCUUGAGGUCAACUGCCGCGGGGACUAUUGUGAGGACAUCUGGACGAAGAAGAGUACCGUUGAGCCAAGUAUGGCUAAUGGCAUCCACCUUACGGGAAUAUAUGCGAGCAACAUUAUGCCCGACACGUGGUUUAUCUACCUACGUCAUGAUGAUGGAACGCCAUUGAGGAUUGAAGCCACCAAUGAGAGACAUGGCGGGACCAUUCACCAGCAAACCUUUUUCACCAAAUUCCAGAAGCACUCUCACGAGCAUUCGAUAAUGGUUGCUCGGCAGCGAAUGUUGGAUGCCUAUCUCAUUGAUAACGACGCUGACUCAUUUACUUACACGGCAGUGGGGCACACACAUCACUUCAAGACGCAACUGUUCUCUGGUAUGGUUCCUGUUGCAUCGAGGAUUCCCCCUAUGGUAUCAGAUUGGAUUCCAGCAUCGCAUUUCGAGAGUACGGGAAUCAUCCCGUACCAUGUUAUCGAGCCAGGGUCUGCUGCAGAUUUUUAUUUCUCCACUACUGGUCGGGCUCGCUCGUUGAUACAAAUGUUCGACUUCGAGUACCCUAAGACCUGCAUGAAGGAUGGCCAGUCAGACAAGUACUGUCUGUCGGUUGUUGCCGAUAAGAAUGCCUCGAAGGGGCAGAUGGAGCUCGAAGCUGGAAUACGAAUGUCUGAUGUUCAUGAACAUACUCGGAGUGCAGAACUCAGACUCACAGCUAUUCUGAACACUAACCAACACGAAGCGCUGGCACUGGACUUCUCCCUUCACGCUAAAGGAUGUGCAAUGGUUUGGCAGGCCGGUACCAAAGUGAGCCUCACUGUUACGGUUUGCCUCGUUGCUAAUGCUUCUGGUCAUGAUCUAUUCGAUCGGGCGACCAGAACUUUCCAAGGCACCGUAGCUGUUUCGGUGACCUUCAACAUAAGAAUCUUCACGUUUAAACUACCCGUGGGAGUCACAAUUGACGGGGUUGUUGCUUGUGCCGCAUACCCUUCGAACAAUAUCACUGCCUUGGGUAAGCUUGGUGUCACCGUCUCUAUCCCCCAUGGCGGAGCUUCCAUGGGUCUUGACUUCACCGCUACCACAGCCGAUCAUCUUGCGAGUGAGUGGGAGUUCGCCUCUGGUAUUAGUUUCUCAGCAUGGGUGAAUUUCUUAUUCUGGAAGCCACGGUUCAACCGAAGGUUUCCUCUUUGGCACGCUGGUCUGAACCAUGCAUAG